GUUCUUCACUACCUUUCGAAGUAAAAAACAAAGUAUAACAUGGUUUCCAUAAUUGUCAUUAUCUUUCUCUUCUCUUUUCCAACCAUAGUUCUUUCCCAACCUAACUUUAAUUUUACCAAGGUAGAUUUGCCAUCAACUUCGGUAGGUCCUGAAAGUAUAACUUUUGACUCCAAAUACGGUGAAGAACCCUAUUAUACAGGUAUAUCUGAUGGUAGAAUUAUCAAAUAUGAUGGAGCUAAUGGGUUUGUAGAUUAUGCCUUCACUGUCCCCAAUAGGUCAAAGGAAGAAUGUGAUGGAAUUGGAAUCAAUAGACCUGAUUUGGGGCCUACAUGUGGGAGGCCAAUGGGUAUAGGGUUCAACCUUAACACAAAGCAACUUUAUGUUGCAGAUGCUUAUAAAGGAUUCCUUGUGGUUGGUCCUAAUGGAGGACUUGCAACCACAAUCGCCUCUGCUGUAGAAGGGGUGCCCUUCAAAUUACCUACUGGUUUGGAUGUUGAUCAAUCUAAUGGGGUUGUAUACUUUACUGAUGCUAGUUCUCAAUAUUCCCAAAGCCAAAUUCAAGUGGCAAUCGAUGCUGGUGAUGCAACUGGAAGAUUACUAAAAUAUGAUCCUAAUACCCAACAAGUUACAGUGUUACUAAAAGACCUUUCAGGGGCAGGUGGCACAUCGGUAAGUACAGAUGGAUCAUUCGUGCUAGUGUCUGAGUUCAUAGCUCAGAGAAUUCAGAAGUUUUGGCUGACAGGUCCCAAAGCUUUGACUUCUGAAGUUUUAAUCACUUUUCAAGGAAGACCUGUUAAUAUUAAGAAGACCCUAUUAGGAGAUUUCUGGGUGGCUGUGAACAUGAAAAGCAAUACUACAACAAAUGGGUCUUCAAGUGCAACUGCUACUUUAAACAUGGUUCCAAUAGGAAUAAAAAUCAAUGCAACUGGUAACAUCUUAAGGACUGUGGUUCUUACAGAGUUUUAUGGCAAUGUCAAUAUUACUGAUUUUCAACAACGUAACAGGCAGUUUUAUGUUGGUAGUCUAUGGACUGACUUCCUUGGUCGUUUAAGCAUAUAACUAAUAAGGGUUAUUAAUAACUACUAUAUAUCUAUAUGUGUGUUCACAUAUGCAUACAUAUAUACACCUUAUAUUCGUGUAAUCUUUGUUGUUAUAAGUUGUUCUUGUAUGUUUAAUGUGUGAUAUCUAUCUAUAACGUAUAUAAGAGGUGAAAGCAACAUAUUUUGUUCAA